AAAACGAGGAAGUAUUGUUAUGAGCAUUAGCCAGCUGUAGCAGAGAGGAUCACAGCAGCUUUAAAAUGUUAUACAGCACUCUUUUUCUAUCUGCGUGGACCGUAAGACAGAAAAUACACAUCAUCUAAUAUGGACUCUCGCUGAGGACCCGUUCCGAUUGACUUAGCAAGUAUUUUCCUGAAAAAGGGCAAGCACUUGAAUGAAUUGGAUCUAAUGGGGACUGGGACAAUGAAAGUACUUAUACUGUCGUUGCGUAGAAUAUACAGCCAGUAAUCAUCAAUAUUUCCAUUUUAAUAUGUAAAUAAAGCAGCCAAAUAGUAAUGGUUUAUUUUUAAUUAACGUUAAAUUAGUGGCCAGUGAUCGCAUUGAGUUGAUUAAAUUCUAAAGGACAGUAACAUCAGCCAAACAUGGAUGAAGUGAUUAUGGAUCAGGUCCUGUAUGUUGUCCAUCAAGUGGUGUCAUGGGUCGCAUCUGUUGCCAUUAUCUUUGGAGGAAUAGUGCCAUACAUCCCUCAGUACAGGGACAUCCGAAGGACCCAAAAUGCUGAGGGAUUCUCCACUUAUGUGUGCCUGGUCCUGCUGGUGGCCAAUAUAUUAAGAAUACUAUUUAGGUUUGGUCGUUACUUUGAGACUCCUCUACUUUGGCAGAGUAUAAUCAUGAUCGUCACAAUGUUAAUCAUGCUGAAUCUGUGCACCAGCGUCCGCAUGGCCACUGAACUCAACACCAAACGCCGCUCGUUCACAGCAACAGACAGUAAGGACGAAGAAAUCAAAGUUCCUAAGAGGCUCUUUCUGGACUUUGACUGGAACUACUUCUGGUCGUGGAGUCGUUUUGUGGAUUACCUGCAGUGUGUACUGGCAUUCACGGUGCUGGCUGCCUAUGUGACGUAUCUGCUGCUGGACUCGGUUCUGUUCGUAGAGAGCCUGGGUUUCCUGGCUGUGUUUACUGAGGCCAUGCUGGGAACACCACAACUCUAUUGCAACUACCAAAACAAAUCUACCGAAGGCAUGAGUAUCAAGAUGGUGUUGAUGUGGACAAGUGGAGACACUUUUAAGACAGGCUACUUCCUUUUGACUCAGGCUCCAAUGCAGUUCUGGAUCUGCGGCCUCCUUCAGGUGUGCGUGGACUUCACCAUUCUCUUCCAAGUGUACUAUUACAGCCACUACCCACAAAAACCCAUCUCACACACCACACACACCACCAGCGCCAAGGCCCUAUGAAACUCGCACACUCAUGUAAAUCUAGGAAUGUGCUCUAAUUUAUUUUAUAAUGUAUAAGUGUGCCCAAAACAUAUCCGGAUACUUAAGUCAGACUUCAAUUUGCUGGAAUGUCAUUGCGCUAAAUGCUAAACAUUACACCAGUAUGCACAAAAAAAUGAAUGUUUUUUUUUUAGUUCUGUUACUUUUUCAAUGGUACAUUUUUGGGUAUUGAGAGAAAUGACAUUCAUGUGUUGAGGCCUGUUUUCACCAAGAUAAGAAAAAUAUUGUGAAUUUUUAUUUUAAUCCUGAAGUUUCCCCUCACAGUUCUGAAGUUUUGGAGUUCAGAUAUUUGAGAAGAUAUUUGUGACCAUUCUGAAUUUGUGUUUUGCAAAAACGGUCUUGUUUUUAAAUUACAAUUGCAAAAUAUUUAGCAAAUGUUAUUGGGAGACAUUAACUCACUCAGUAUGGUUAAUGGGUUUUAUCACAGUUCUGGUUAUUUCUCAUAAUUAUGUUUUUUUUUCCUUCUCCUCCUUACAGAAUCAUUUAUAUGUUUAGUAAAUUAUAGAAACAAGAUAUAAUCUCAAAAUUGUCUACUCAAUUGCCAGAUUAAAAACUCGCAAAAAGGACAAAUAGUCUCAAUUAUGAAUUUAACACUUUUUGACAUAAACCAAGAGACAUUUUACCUAAUUUUGAGUGUCUUGCAAUUCAUUGAAAUAUGAAAACUCUGUCAUUAUUUACCCAUUUUUUUUACUCUUUUCAAAACUGUUUGCGUUUUUUUUCUCCUGUUGAACACAAACAAAAGAUAUACUCAAGAAUGUUGGGAAAAAACAGCCAUUUAGUUCCUACUAUAAAUGUCAACAAACAUUGUUUCUGUUCAGCAGAUAAAAGAAAUUCAGGUCACACUUUAUUUUGAUGAUCCGUUUGUUGAAUUUAAGUUACAUUGCAUCUACAUGCCAACUAAUUCACAUUAGAUUAUAAGUAGACUUUUAGGUUGGG